AUGGGUAAUCAACAACAUAAGCGAAUAACAUCAACUGAACUUACACAAAAACAGAUAGCUGUGCUCAAAGCUACUACAAAAUUUACUGAAAAAGAAAUUCGAGAAUGGCAUGAGGGUUUCAUUCGUGAUUGUCCAACUGGUCGACUCGAUAAGAAAAAGUUUAUUGAAAUCUUUCAAGCAUUUUAUCCAAAAGGUCAAGUAGAGAAUUAUUGCAAACAUGCAUUUCGUACAUUUGAUACUAAUAAUGAUGGUAGGAUUGAUUUUCAAGAAUUUCUCUUAGCCAUUGCAACUACAAGUCAAGGUGAUCUUGAUACUCGUCUUGCCGCUGUUUUUGAUAUGUAUGAUAUAUCUAAUGAUGGACUAAUUGAUGAAAAAGAAUUAACUACAUUAAUCUCAGCGAUGUAUGAUCUUCUUGGUGAAAUUGUUUGUAAAGAUGAUUAUGAGCCAAAAACAAUUGCUGCAGCCGUUAUAGAAAAACUUGAUGUUAAUGGUGACAAGAAAUUGAAUAAGGCAGAAUUCAUUGCUGGAUGUAAAAACAAUCAGAUUGUUCGUCAAUUACUUGCUCCUAACAUUUAA